AUGCCUCCAACGCUGUGUUUCAACUGCAAGGAAGCCAGAGCUGUUAUUAUCCGUCCCAAGAACCGGCACAAGCUAUGCCGCGCCUGCUUCCUCGAAGUUUUUGAGACUGAAGUACACGAGACAAUAACCUCCUCCUCCCUCUUUUACCCCGGCGAACGGGUCGCCAUCGGCGCCAGUGGGGGCAAAGAUAGUACUGUGCUUGCGUCAGUCCUCAAAACUCUCAAUGAGCGCUACAACUACGGUCUAGAAUUAUGUCUGCUCUCCAUUGACGAGGGUAUCAAGGGCUAUCGCGACGAUAGUCUGGAGACGGUCAAGCGCAACGCGGUCCAGUACGAUAUGCCGCUGGAAAUCGUCGGGUAUAGCGAGUUAUACGGUUGGACAAUGGAUCAGGUCGUCGAGCAAGUCGGGAAGAAGGGCAACUGCACCUACUGCGGGGUGUUCCGGCGACAAGCGCUCGACCGGGGCGCUGCGCGACUAGGCAUCAAGCAUGUUGUCACGGGACAUAACGCAGACGAUGUAGCAGAGACGGUGAUGAUGAAUCUACUGCGAGGAGAUCUGCCGCGUCUGUCGCGGGGCACUAGUAUCGUGACGGACUCGGCGGCGUCGGAUAUCAAGCGCAGCAAGCCGCUCAAGUAUGCGUACGAAAAGGAGAUCGUGCUAUACGCGCACCACAAGAAGCUUGAUUAUUUCAGUACCGAGUGUAUCUACUCGCCUGAAGCGUUCAGAGGCAGCGCCCGGACGCUGAUCAAAGACCUGGAGAAAAUCCGCCCCAGCUCGAUCUUGGAUAUUGUCAAGAGCGGAGAGGACAUGGCUGCGCUGGUGCCGUUCGAGGUUAGUUCGAGCGGGAAGAAGUGCGGCGGCACUAGUGUUGCUACUGCUACUGCAGAGGACGAUGAAUCGGCGGGUGGCUGUGGUAGUCAAAACGGUCGAUCGAGCGGUGGCGAAAUAGCGGAGAUGGAGAAGAAGCUUGCAGAAGAUGACGCCGCUCAGUUGAGAGAGACCGAGAUCAAGCUCCCGGUUGCCCCCAGGAGAAAGAGCGGCAAGGUGAAUAACCCGAGAGCGAUCAAGAGUCAAACAAUGGGCAAUUGCGAGCGCUGCGGAUACAUCUCAAGCCAGAAGAUCUGCAAAGCGUGUAUGCUCCUGGACGGGUUGAACAAGAACCGGCCCAAGACCGCGAUUGAAGUGGCCGUCGGAAUCGAGGAGGAAGAAAGCAGCUCUACGCUCAUGAGACAGAUGGAGAGAGUCCAGUUGACAACCGGCUAA